AUGUCCUCAGCUCAGAACGUCAAGACUGCAUUCCCACGUCCAUCUGCCAGCUUGAUUGUCGUCAAUGACAAGAAUGAAGUGUUGCUCGUCCAAAGGAAUCCGCAAGCAAAGGCGUUUAGUGGCAUGCAUGUUUUUCCUGGUGGUAACUACGAUGAGCGGCAGGACGGGGGCUCUUACGAGAUGACAGCGAUUCGCGAGACGUUCGAAGAGUCUGGGCUACUACUCGCCAGCUCUUCUGCCUCGAUCUCAGACGAGGAUCUCGACACAGCGCGAUACGCCAUACAUGCAGGACGGACGUUAUUCAAAGAUUUCCUCUCGCAGAAUGAAUUGAAAGCCGAUGUGCCGUCUCUCCUUCCAUUCACGCAGUGGAUAACUCCUCCAGGUUCGCCUCGCCGUUUUCACGCGAGAUUUUUUGUUGCCUUUUUGCCUGCGUCUUCUUCAAGUGGAUUUUCCUCUGGCAGUUCUCAACAGCGUCUUCCGACUCCUGAUGGAGGGCAAGAAGUGGUCUCGGCUCGCUUUGUCCAUCCGGCAGACGCGCUGGCCGAAUGUCAAGCCGGGAAGGUUGUCUUCAUGCCUCCACAAUACUAUCUGCUGAGCACAUUGGCGAGCAUCUUGACUGGUCGUUCAGCCUCGGCUGCGCAACGAGCUCAAGUGGAGGCGCUUUCGGCUAGCUCAUUCGGCACUUUAGUCGUCAACCCCAUGCCUUAUAAGGGUCCCGAAGUCCCCGAAGGACUCUCUUGUUUGACUUACGAGGGUGAUGAGCAACGUGGAGGGCCGCCAGGACGUUUACAUCGUUCCUACAUCCGCUUCGAGAAGGGUGUGCCUCGUGAGAUACGCCUCCUCCGUAAUUUCGAUCAGGAUAUUUAA